AUGAAUGUAUGUAAGUGCAAAGAAGAUAUCGCUGAUAAACGUAUCGCGACGAUUGCGGUUAAUUCGCCUGAACAACACAGUUUGAGUGGCGAUGAGAAUGUACCAGUGAUACCAGAAUCUAGCGAAAUACCAAGUACUACGACACAAAGUUCUUCGAUUGUGGAAUACAGGCCCAGACAAAGCACUUCCAGUGACGGUGGGAGUGUACCAAUGUCCAGUGGAGUGCAAAGUAUUACGACGCAGAGUUCUCCGACUUGGGAAUCAUCAUCGAAACAACGGAGAUUAGAUUCUGGUAAUUAUUCGCUUUGUUUAUAUCAUAUUUUAAGACAAUUAAAAGUGCAUAACAAAUUAUUGGAGAUAUCAUGUCACGGUAUACCUUGGCUUGCAGUAUCUCUUAUUUCAAUUUGGGUUUUUAAUGCCAAAUCCUUGUAUCAAAUGCAAAUGAAUCUUCUAAUAGGAUUAUUGCUCGAUAUCAUUGUGAUUGCUGUGCUCAAAGCAGUUACGAGAAGAAGACGACCAACCACUAAUGACGAUCCAUUUUCUUUGGGUCCUGAUAAAUAUUCCUUUCCAUCAGGACAUUCAUCUCGUUCUGCAUUUGUUGUAUAUUUCUUCUUCAAUCUGUGGCCUAUAUCGUUGAUAUAUUCACCACCUUUGUUAGCGUGGUCCUUUUCUGUAUGCAUGUCCAGACUACUGAUGAGAAGACACUACAUAUUAGAUGUGAUUGGUGGUAUACUUCUCGGUAUCUUUGAGGGCCUACUUAUAGGUUAUAUUUAUUUAGAACAAGAGACAUGUAUGUAUUUAAUUUCAUGGAUUGCGGAUGAUAAAAUACCUGGGUCUGAAUAGUAUUCAGAUUAUCAUGAUAAAAAGAAUAUAUUAGAUUGUUUACACAUGUAAUUUUUA